AACCCUAACAUUAAUAGGGUUUCCUAUAAAUUCUUUAGUGAAAAUUUGUGUUCGUUUUAGUUUUCAUUCUGGGGCUUUAGGAGGUAGAGGAAGAAGAAGAAAGACCAGAGAGAAACCGGCGUAGCAAAGAUGGUACACUUUGCCGUCUACAGGAACUAUGGUAAGACUUUCAAGAAGCCAAGACGUCCUUAUGAGAAGGAGCGUUUGGAUGCUGAGUUGAAGCUUGUUGGUGAGUAUGGGUUGAGGUGUAAGAGAGAGCUCUGGAGGGUCCAGUAUGCUUUGAGCCGUAUCCGUAAUGCAGCUAGAAAUCUUCUUACUCUUGAUGAGAAGGACCCACGCCGUAUCUUUGAGGGAGAAGCUCUUCUUCGAAGGAUGAACAGGUAUGGGCUUUUGGAGGAGAGCCAGAACAAGCUCGAUUAUGUCUUGGCCUUGACUGUUGAGAACUUCCUUGAGCGUCGUCUUCAGACACUAGUCUUCAAGUCUGGAAUGGCAAAAUCCAUUCAUCACGCCCGUGUCCUUAUCAGGCAGAGACACAUCAGGGUUGGAAGGCAGGUGGUGAACAUCCCAUCUUUCAUGGUGAGGGUCGACUCACAAAAGCACAUCGACUUCUCACUCACCAGUCCUCUUGGAGGUGGACGUCCAGGAAGAGUGAAGAGAAGGAACCAAAAGGCAGCUGCCAAGAAGGCUGCUGGAGGAGAUGGGGACGAGGAGGAUGAGGAUUAAGCUUUGAAAUAUAACCCUUGCUAAAGGACCAACAAUAUAUUUAUUAUGUGGAGGGUUUCCUUUGAUAGAUAGGCCAUGUCAGACGUUUUGCUUGUGUUGUAGUUGCAGUUGUUGGGCAUCUACUAUUUGGACAUCCAAUUUUAGGCCGAAUAUGUUUAGAGUCUUUAGACGAAGUUUUGCUCAUUUCUUUUUAAAUUUAGUAAGACUUGAAAUGUGUUCAUGUUAUGAAAGAUUUUGAGUUUCUUAUCUGAUUCACUUUUUUUACCA